AUGCCGGUCCUGGUGCUCCUGGCGCUGUGCAUCGCCCUUACGGACACCCUGACCGCCUUCCCCCCAAAGUUUCUGGUGGGGAACCUGAACGAGGACGUGGUGGUGAAAUGCAACACCUCGAGGCAGGAGGUGAAAUGGACACAGAACGGGGAGCCGGAGCCCAUGGCUGAGCUCGUGGAGAACGGACGGAAUCUCACCAUCCUCGGCUUGGACCUGCCGGCCACCGGCAACUACAGCUGCUGGGCCGGGGGCGUCCUGCUGGACAGCACCUACGUGGUGGUCGGGGACAGCGGAGAGGGGGGCAGGGCCGCCUCCUGCCGGGCCGACUCCUACCUCGGCUCCUUCCGCUGCUCCUGGAAGGGGCCCCGCUCCGCCGUGUUCCGCGCCCGCCUCACACGCAGGUGGGUAUCGCAGCCCCCGGCCCCGGCCCCGCCGGCUCCCCGCGCUCACUCCGCCUUCCCGCACAGCGACGGCUCCGUCGGGCUCUGGGUGCCCGCAGCCGGGCACGGCGGGCGGUUCAGCGCCAACUUCACGGAUCCGUCCUUCUGCCCCUUCGCGGAGGAGCUGCGGCCGCUGCAGCUGAGCUUCGAGGGGAUCUCAGACACCUCCUUCCUCAGCUUCUCCAUCCACUUCUUUGUCCGUGACAUCGUGCGACCCGACGCCCCGCAGGCGCUGACCGCGCACCUUCACGAGGGGCAGCUCCACUUGGCCUGGGCCCCCCCGGCCUCAUGGCCGCUCCCCAGGUCCUACUUUGCUCUUCUCUACUGGCUGCAGUACGAGCUCCCCAACGGCACCCAGGUUGACACAUUUGUGGAGGGCACAGAGCAGACGAGGCUGCGGGAGCGUGUGCGGAGGGUCCGCAUCAGCUGCCAGGACCCCUACAGCAACUCCUCGUGGAGCCCCUGGAGCGGGUGGAGGGAGGUGGGCACAGCCGGGCUGCGGCGGGGCUGA